AUGUCGUCAAGCCAAACCGUUCCCUCUUCGCCAUCCACUGCUUUGCCGGGCGCAUCUAAAGCAAUCAAUGGGAACGUUUUAUAUCAGUGGGUGACACUCAUAGCGAUAAAAACCCUUCGGCGUAUUCGACCUCGAAAAGGGACUGUUCUCAUGUUGACGGACCGACUAUGCGUCAAGUACGGGAGCCGUGUUCAUUUAUCUGAAGCAUCAACAAUGCAGUUCAUAUCACAGCAUACAUCUAUCCCAGUACCAAAGGUUUUAUGUGCAUUUACUCAUUCUGGGCAGACGUACAUUGUGAUGGAAAGGAUUAAGGGAGACAUGAUUGGCAAGGGCUGGGUGAAACGAAGUGAAGAGUCAAAGGCGAAACUUCUCUCUCAAGUUAGAGAAAUGGUCCUUGAGAUGCGAACCCUCGAGCCCCCAGAAGGCACAAAGAUCGCUUCUAUUGAUGGCGGAUCCCUUUUUGACUGUCGUGUUCCGGGCACUUCCUUGCGCUUCGGCCCCUUUGAUACCAUCCAGGACUUCCAUCGUCAUUUACGAAUGGGCAUGGAAUUUGAUUCAAGGCUUGGCCCUGAACCCCAGGAACUUAUCAGACAACAAAGCAAGUCCUGGCCUUUGGUAUUUACCCACGGCGACCUGAGCAGCCUCAACAUCCUUGCUCGCAGAGAUGAUGUUGUUAGUAUCAUUGAUUGGGAAACUGCUGGUUGGUAUCCAUCAUAUUGGGAAUACACUACUGCCUACCAAGUCAAUCCACAGAACUCUUUUUGGGUUAAUGAGAUUGAUAAAUUCCUACAACCAAUGCCCGAAGAGCUGAAAAUGGAACGGAUCCGUCAAAAAUACUUUGGAGAUACUUAG